AUGCCCGCUCCUCACGGUGGUGUGUUGAAGGAUCUUGUCGCGAGAGACGCUGCGAAGCACGAUGCGUUGCUUAAGGAGUCCGGGACGCUGGUACAGUGGACUCUGACUGCAAGACAGAUCUGCGACGCAGAAUUGAUCCUUAACGGUGGGUUUUCUCCCCUAGACGGGUUUUUGAACGAAUCGGACUACCUCGGUGUAGUGAACGAAUCACGUCUUAAGUCGGGGGCCCUUUGGACUAUCCCAAUCACUCUGGAUGUGUCUGCCACUUUUGGGGCCAGCCUUAAGCCAAACCAGAGAAUCACACUGACUCAAGAUGGGGAGAUCCCCAUUGCCAUCUUGACCGUGCAGGACGUCUAUAAGCCAGAUAAGUCCCUAGAGGCGGAGAAAGUGUUCAGGGGCGACCCAGAACACCCGGCAAUAGUGUACCUCAACGAAACCGCCGGUGAGUACUACGUUGGUGGGUCUCUAGAGGCAAUCCAAUUGCCAGUCCAUUACGACUACCCUGGGCUGAGAAAGACCCCAGCUCAGCUAAGACUAGAGUUCCAGUCGAGAAACUGGGACCGUGUGGUAGCCUUCCAAACAAGAAACCCAAUGCAUAGAGCUCACAGAGAACUCACCGUUAGAGCUGCAAGAGAGACAAACUCAAAAGUGCUUAUUCACCCAGUGGUUGGUUUAACGAAACCGGGGGAUAUCGACCACCACACACGUGUGCGUGUCUACCAGGAGAUCAUUAAGCGGUACCCCAAUGGGAUUGCGUUCUUGUCCCUCCUACCACUCGCUAUGAGAAUGGCCGGUGACAGAGAGGCAGUCUGGCACGCGAUUAUCAGGAAGAACUACGGUGCAUCCCAUUUCAUCGUGGGGAGAGACCAUGCGGGGCCAGGGUCUAACUCGAAAGGUGUGGACUUCUACGGGCCAUACGACGCCCAGGAACUCGUAGAGUCAUACAAGAACGAACUCGAAAUCCAGGUCGUACCCUUCAGAAUGGUCACGUACCUCCCAGACGAGGACCGCUACGCACCAAUCGACGAGAUCGACACCUCGAAAACAAGAACGUUGAACAUAUCGGGGACAGAGUUGAGACGCCGUCUCAGACUGGGCGGUGACAUCCCAGACUGGUUCUCGUACCCAGAAGUCGUCAAAGUCCUUAGAGAAUCAAACCCACCAAGACCGAAGCAAGGGUUCGCUAUCGUCAUACCAAACGACAUCAAAGUCCCUGCGAACCAAUUGUCGAUCGCACUACUGUCCACGUUCUUGCAAUUCGGCGGUGGUAGAUUCUAUAAGAUCUUCGAACACCACAACUCGGACGCAAACUUGUUGUCGUUGAUCCCAGACCUCAUCCAAUCGGGCACUGGGCUGAUCGUCCCCUCCGAGUGGGACCAAUCUAAGGCCGCAGUCAAGCACCAGAACUUGUACAAGUUGGGCACGGACAUCAAACUUGACGCAUCAGACGCAAACAACAUUAACCAUAUUGUGCAGAAAGUGGUCCUGUUCUUGGAGGACAACGGAUACCUCGUCUUCUGA